CCUGGGGCCCUCACACCUUCGCCGGGGUCAAAUUUCUCUGUUGAAUCCGAGGCAGCUUCUCCGGGAACCCGGUGGAGACGCGAGUGGAGCUCAGACCUUCUCAAAGAUCUCGCUUCUCAAGGGAUUUAUCAAACUUUUUCUUUUGCUGAAAGGUGGCUUCCAGAAUGACGACGAUGCAAACGUGUGUGUUGCAGCUUUGUUCCACUUCUUCUUCUUCUUCUUCUUCUUCUUCGUGAAUCCAAAGGGGAUGAAUGUUGGAUGAGUCGCUUUGGCUGCAGAUCCCCGAGCACUGACCGUUGUGGGGCCGCAGCAGCAGAGACAGACCCCCGGUUCCUCUCCCGGUUCCUCUCCUGCUCCUGGUUCCUCUCCUGGUUCCUCUCCUUGUUCCUCUCCUGCUCCUGGUUCCUCUCCUGGUUCCUCUCCGGCUCACCAUGAACCUCAUCGGGGGCUACCAGCACCACCACCACCUGAUGCAUGAGCCCUUCCCCUUCGUGCAGCGGUGCCACCAGGACGCGCCGUACUUCCAGAGCUGGGUGGUGAACCACGGCGAGGUUCCGCAGGACUUCCAGCUGCAGGCGCCCGGCUACCCGGCCGCGGAGGGCCUCGGUCCCCCCGGAGGAACGACCCACGACGCCCGGCUGGAGGGGCUCCAGGCCGGCAUGGGCAAGCGCAGAGCCUCGGGCCCGAAGAAGGAGCGCCGGAGGACGGAGAGCAUCAACACAGCCUUCGCCGAGCUGCGGGAGUGUAUCCCCAACGUGCCCGCGGACACCAAGCUGUCCAAAAUCAAGACUUUACGCCUGGCCACCAGCUACAUCGCCUACCUGAUGGACGUGCUGGCCAAAGACUCCGGGGAGACCGAGGGCUUCAAGGCCGAGAUUAAGAAAUUUGAAACCCGGGAUCUGAAGAGGAAACGAGAGCUGGUGAGUCCUGGAGCCUCCGAGGGAGAAUCACUGCAGCCGCUACACGCUCCUACCGACGGCCUGCAGGACUCUUUAGGAGCCGAGAAGAAGGUGAAGGGCCGGACCGGCUGGCCGCAGCAGGUCUGGGCCCUGGAGCUCAACCAGUGACCCUCCAUCCCUCCAUCCCUCCCUCCAUCCA